UUUUCUCGGGGGAGGGGGCCACAGCCCGUGGCCUCCCUGGCGGCCCGACGAGCUGCAAUAUCCGCCGCCCUUGCAGCAGGAUUGGGCGUGGCGAAAUGGGGGGGUCACAGAAAAGCCGGGGCGCCCGCCGGCAAAAAACUCGCGCCACCGCCACGCCCUCGCGCAGCGCUGUGGUCGGGCACAGGGCCACGCGGCCGCGGACGGCUCCGCAGACCAAGGGCGCGGGCGGUGCAGCGGCGAAGCCUCGUGGUGCCGCUGCUGGUUGGAACCUCUUCGACGAGGCUUGGGCGCGGAAGUCCGUCGGCGCGCAGGCGGGUGAGGCAGGGGGGGCGGCCCGGAGCGGCCUUCUAAAGAGGCGAGCAGCUGUCCCGAAGGGCCUGGAGGCAUCAGAGGCGGGGCCCUGCUCACGGGCCGCCCAGCAGCGCCGCGAACUCCUCGACCCAGAGGCGGCCGAGCUCCUGCGGCUGCGGGAAGAGGGCCGGGUCCGCUACGAUGUUGGCGUGCACGAAGCCGCCGUACGUGAUAUGGACACCUGCGGGAUGAUGUUCGGGAAGACCAUCUGGACCUCCUUGAUCACCUGGGCGUUGUCCCCGUCCCUGGGGAACGUGGUCGGCGCAGUGGGCGCCGGGACGUUGGUGACGAUGAGCGAGUGCUUCGAGAAUGUCUCGCCAAUGGCCUUCCGCUUCAAGAAGUUGGGCGCCACGGCGUUCACAAGAUCUAUGAAGGACGACAGGCCGGCUAUGUACGGCCGCGACUUGAGGGCGUCGGUCGCCCGCAUGACCCCCUUCACUCGCCGCGCGCGGUCGGACUCGUGGACGGGCAGCGCGAGGCUGGCGUACAGGUGCCUGUUGCUGACCGAGCCCGCCAUGUCGCUGGGGUCGACAGGGCGAGGCAGCCCGAUCAGCAUCAGCGUCUUGCACUCGAGGGGCCCCGCGGCGUCGCCCUUCAGUCUCUCGUCGUCGUUCACCUCGGCGCCGAAGCGGCGCAGGGCCCCGGUCAGCGCCGCCAUGAGCACGUCGUUCACCGAGCAGCCGUGCCUCCUGCGGAUCUGCUGCACCAGCGACAUCUCCACCUUACCAUCUGGUAACCACCGGCGGGAACCGAGCGAGGGCGCGCCUGCCGUUGAACUUCAGGUACGGCGUGCGCUCCGAGAGUGGGCGGGUUGAUGCUGAGCUCCGAGUCCGGCUUGGCCAGCAGCGCCACCCCGAGGCCGCGGACGAACUUGCGGACCCCGUCGCCGCAGGCCUUCCUCGGCCUCGGCGCCGCCGCGGCCGCGGCCUCCGCCUGCGGCCGCGCCCCGGGGGGCAGCAGCGCGGCGGGCAGGGGCACCUUGCCGAGCAGGUCGCCGCCCUCGCAGCCGAACAUGGGCGACAUGGCGAACAGCAGCCCGAGGCCGUCGCCGAUCGAGUGGUGUAUCCUGAUCCAGGCGGCGGAUCUGCUCGGCGCUGGGGCGCUCAGGAGCACCACCCUCCACGGCGGCCUCGUGCGGUCGAGCCCCUCGAAGAAGGAGCCCUGGACAUGGGCGUCGAUGGCCGCCUCGUCCGCAACGGCCACCUCGGGGAAGUGGUACGCGGCAUCGAACUCCUGCGCCUGGACCCAGUACCCGUUGUCCAUGCGGCUGCUGAACCGGAAGGCCGGGUACAGGUGCGCCUCGAACUCGCGCGCCCACGCACCCGCGGGGGGCAGGCGGUCAAAGAAGAGCAGGACGUUGAUGAUCGGGUCUGUCAUGUUCAUGUCCUGCGGGAAGCCUCCGACCUCCAGGGUCCUGGCCAUCGGCGUCAUUGCCCGCCUGGCCGAGCUGCCGCGCCCGCUCGCGGCGCCAUCCGGCGCGGCUCCGUCCUCGCCCCGCUGCGGCGCGCGGGAGCGCAUCGCCAUGGACAGCUGGCCCUGCCCACCAAAACACGCGGCCGAGAGCGCCUGCGAAAAAGGGGGGGAGGGCAAGGGGGGCGAGGAGAGGGGAGAGGACCAGGACGGCGCGCGCGCACCGCUGAUCACGGCCUGCCCCCCCCGCCAGAGUCCAACCUCACUGCUCUCGUGC